CAAAAACACACAAAAGAGAAGAAGAGAAUCUUCAAAAUUCAAAGGCGCCGAGCGUCCCCUUCCUACUCCCUUCCACAAUCUCUCUAUCUGUCUCUCUCUCUCCUCCGUUCUCACCUCCCCUCUCUCUCUUUCUAUAUCCACCGUCUCACCCUGUAUCUAUAAUCUGUUGGAUUUAAUAGAGAGAGAAUCUAUCGAAAAUCUACUAUCUGUGGGAUUUAAUACUGUUUUGGAGUAAAGCUUGGGUCUUCUAGAGAGGGAGAGUGAUAUGAACGCCAUGGGAAGACAGGGGCAGAGAUCCGGUGCACCGACGGCGCAUCACCAGCGUCAGUACUCCGACCAGUUAUUCGACGCCUCAUCCAACGGUCGGUGGCUUCAAUCCGCCGGCCUUCAACACCUCCAGUCCUCAAACGCUAAUAAUCUACCUUCUCUCCAGGGUUCGAGAAUGUACUGGAAUGCUGCCCCGAGGGGAUUCAAUGGAGGAAGUGGAAGUGGGAGUGAGUAUUUCACAGACCCCUCGACGCCUAAAAAUUUACAGACUAGAAACGGCGAGGAAGCCGAGUCGCCGAGUCGGUUCAGUCCUGGGCUUUUAGAUCUGCACUCUUUCGACACCGAGCUUCUUUCUGAGAUGUCAGUUCCUGCCCUCUAUGACGCCCCUUCUCUAUAUCGGUCUGUUCCCGGCAGAAGCCUUGAUGACUCUGACGCAUACCUUGCAAACAACAAGCAAAUUGGUAGAGCUCGUGGUGUGCCUGACAACAACCUUUUGAAAAGUUUUGUUGCAGAUAAAGAGAAAGCCAGUAAUGUUGCAAAGAUUAAAGUUGUGGUGCGCAAAAGACCACUAAAUAAAAAGGAGCUUGCAAAGAAUGAGGAAGACAUCAUAACUAUAGAGCCACGCUUUAGUUCUCUUACAGUUCAUGAGACUAAACUUAAGGUUGACCUAACAGAGUAUAUGGAAAAGCAUGAAUUUGUUUUUGAUGCUGUGCUGAAUGAAGAGGUCUCGAAUGAUGAGGUUUAUCGGGAAACUGUGGAGCCCAUAGUUCCAAUUAUUUUUCAGCGCACCAAAGCAACAUGCUUUGCGUAUGGACAAACUGGAAGUGGAAAAACAUACACUAUGAAACCAUUGCCACUUAAGGCAUCUCGGGAUAUCUUGAGGCUGAUGCAACAUACUUAUCGGAAUCAAGGCUUCCAUUUGUUUUUCAGCUUCUUUGAGAUUUAUGGAGGAAAACUUUUUGACCUCCUCAAUGAUCGGAAGAAGCUUUGCAUGAGAGAGGAUGGUAAACAACAGGUUUGCAUUGUUGGUUUGCAAGAGUAUAAAGUCUCUGAUGUGGAGACAAUACAGGAGUUCAUUGAGAAAGGAAAUGCCACAAGAAGUACGGGCACAACCGGUGCAAAUGAAGAAUCAUCACGAUCGCAUGCCAUACUUCAGCUUGCUAUUAAGAGGUCAGCUGAUGGAAGUGAAUCUAAGCCUCCGAAACUUGUGGGCAAGCUCUCCUUCAUAGAUCUCGCUGGAAGUGAACGUGGUGCGGAUACUACUGACAAUGAUAAGCAGACAAGAAUUGAAGGUGCUGAGAUCAAUAAAAGCUUGCUCGCGUUGAAGGAAUGCAUAAGAGCGCUUGACAAUGAUCAGGGUCAUAUUCCUUUCAGAGGCAGUAAAUUAACUGAAGUCCUGAGAGAUUCAUUUGUUGGAGACUCUCGAACUGUGAUGAUAUCUUGCGUAUCUCCCAACUCAGGAUCGUGUGAACAUACUCUUAACACCUUAAGAUAUGCGGACAGAGUGAAGAGCCUUUCGAAGGGUAACAAUUCCAAGAAGGAUACUUUAUCAUCGUCCACCUUAAACCUUAAGGGAUCAACAGCAUUGCCCUUAUCGUCAAUUUUACAGCAUGGGACUACAUUUGAAGAUGAUAUAGGCAAUUCAUGGCCUGAACAUGCUGAUAGGGAGGACUACGAUAUUCCAGAAGAGUUCCAAGAACCAGAGAAACCAUUAUGGAAGAAGAAUGGGAAAGUUGAUUUUUACAGUAUGUCUAAUUCUGAUGAUAAAGUGAAGAGAGCCAACGUUCAAACAAAAUCCAAGGACCCACCGAAAUUUGAGACUAAACCGUCACAGGGUGAUGAUGAUUUGAAUGCCUUAUUAAAGGAAGAGGAAGAUCUUGUUAAUGCUCACAGGAAGCAGGUGGAGGAGACAAUGGAUAUCGUUAAAGAGGAGAUGAAUCUGUUAGUUGAGGCGGAUCAGCCGGGAAAUCAGUUGGAUGAUUACAUCACUAGAUUGAAUACAAUCCUAUCGCAGAAAGCUGCUGGCAUUCUGCAACUACAGAAUCGUUUGGCUCUGUUUCAGAGACGGCUGAAGGAGCAUAACGUCCUGGUAUCUUCUUCUGGUUGCUAGAUUUUAUGUGGAAGUGCAUACUGAACUCAGACGUGGGGGUGUUACUUUGCAAGAUUGUGUUGUGAAAUAGACCCGAUACAGCUGAGCCGAGAUUUCGAGUCCAGGCCAUUAAGCUAUUUGUGGGAUCCUUUUUCUUCUUCACCUGCUAAUUGUUGCUGUAUAGGGCCAAACUUACAGUUUCUAUGUCAUUCGGGGGGGUUCCAUUGAUGAUUUACGGCCGUUCUUGAAUUUUUUACCCCUUUACAGAACACUGAUGUUGUAAGCUUUGCAGCUUCUGAACGAUGAAGUGAAUAUUCUUGUUGGAGUGUUGAGGGCAUUUGUUUUGUGUUUGUGAUGUCCAAACUUUAAUGGUUAAACCCGUCCUCUGUUUGCCAACUCAAA